AUGGCACGGGUGGACAAGCUCAACCCGGCCAAGCUCAAUUCGGUCAAUGGGCUAAUGGUGACCUCCGGCCUGGGAUGCUCCCCAAGCACCAUGGUUAUGAGCCACCUCAAAGACCUGUGUCAAUGCAAAUACCGACUGCGCCUCCAAGACCCCCACGCGCCUCACCUCCUGAGCAAGAACAAGCUCUCAGGUCUGCGCCUGGAAAACGAGUUUCAUCCAACCCCUCGCCGCAACAGCUCAAUGUACCACCGACACACUCGAUACGAACCGCGGGUAUUCGACGUAUGCGGUGAGCUUGUGUGCACCAGCGGGCAGCUGAGCCGUCUGUGGAGUGUCGUCGAUGGGGAUUUACGGAUGAGCCUGGCACACACUGAGGGUGUGAAGGCCACAUCAGUUGCCUUCAAGCCGUCUUUAUAUCCCCAGAGUGAAGCAAGCGCUAUCUGGGUUGGGACCAACACGGGAGAGAUCCUGGAAGUCGACCUCGCAACACAUUCAAUUGUGCCGAGCAAGGGCAGCAUUCAUCAACGGCGCGAGGUCACACGUAUUUACCGACAUCACAACGAGAUGUGGACCCUCGAUGAAUUAGGGACAUUGCACGUUUGGGGGCCAAAGGAUGAUGGUCUGCCUGACGCGACAGGCAACCCAAGUCAAUCCUACAAGAUGCCCAAGGAACACACUUUCUCCAUGGUCGUUGGAAGCAAAUUAUGGCAUGCGACUGGGAAGGAGAUACGGGUCUUUGCACCGACACUGGACGGCCACACGCAGUUCCAGGUACUGAUGCGGCCCAUGAUUGCCGAAGGCGCAGGAGACGUUACCUCAGGCACACUUGUGAAGACGCAACCUGGUAAAGUCUUCUUUGGACACGCCGAUGGGAAACUCAGCAUUUUCUCCUCCAAAGAUUACUCCUGUAUAGGUGUACUCAGCGUCAGCACCUGGAAGAUGAAUGCACUGGCCGGCGUCGGCCAUCGCAUUUGGAUUGGGUACAACACAGGGAAAAUCUGUGUCUACGAUAUCAGUGAAACGCCUUGGACCAUCUUGAAGGAGUGGCAGGCCCACUUGGGACCUGUUAUCAGUAUGAAAUGCGACCCAGCAGGUGCUUACCGGCUCGACCGCUUACAAGUCGUUUCACUUGGUGCGGACAACAAGCUAAAAUUCUGGGACGGAAUGCUCGAGGACGACUGGAUUGAAGACGAGAUGAAAUCAAAGGACACUGAAUAUUGCGAUUUCGAUGAGCUGAGGGCUCUUGUGUUCACAUGGAAUGCUGGCGCCUCAACGCCCUCGAGUCUACGGUACUCCGCUAAUGACGGAGUCUUCUUCCCAGAGCUCCUACAGUCCAGCGAAUCCCCCGAUAUACUCAUCUUUGGCUUCCAAGAGUUGGUCGACCUCGAAGACAAGACAGCCACAGCAAAACGCUUCUUGAAAGUCAAGAAGAAAGAGGGAACCGACCAGGAAACCAUGAGCCACCAAUAUCGCGACUGGAAGAAUUAUCUUGUCAAGACUCUAGACGACUAUAUGCCCGCCGAAGACCUGUAUCAGGUCCUUCACACAGCACCUCUGGUUGGGCUGUUCCUCUGUGUUUUCGUGAAAGCAUCGCUCAGGGGCCGAAUACGAAAUGUACAUGGUGCUGAAGUGAAGCGAGGGAUGGGCGGUCUCCAUGGGAACAAGGGUGCCGUUGCUGUGCGAUUCCAGAUAGACGACAGUUCCCUGUGCUUUGUCAACUGUCAUCUUGCAGCAGGACAAACGCAAACCAACGCGCGCAACAGCGAUGUCGCUGAAAUCCUCGAAUCUGGACUGUUCCCGACGGAGAAAGAUUCAGACGUACGCAUUGACACUUAUGCUGGGGGCGGCGACGGCAGUCUGGUGGUCGACCACGAAUUAUGCGUCUUCAACGGCGACCUCAACUACCGCAUCCACAACAUGUCGCGAGACACCGUUGUUAUGGCCGUCAAGCAGAACAACCUAGGCAAAUUGCUUGAGCGUGACCAGCUCCUGGUGGCGCGUCGUCGCAACCCUACCUUCAAAUUAAGGGCGUUUGAAGAGCUACCAAUCACAUUCGCUCCUACAUAUAAGUACGACGUCGGCACUGAUCGUUAUGACACGAGCGAAAAGCGUCGGAGCCCGGCAUGGUGCGACCGUCUCCUUUUCCGCGGUCGGGGCAGGGUGCAGCAGCUUGACUACCGCCGACACGAGGUUUAUGUGCGCUGUAAUCGGAUAGAGCCACAAUGUGAUCGUUGCAAGGCCCAAGGUGUCGAGUGUAUAUACCCUGUCCGACAAAAGCGGAGGGUGAACAGGCCAGCAGGGGACCACGAAAGCCUUUCGAACGGUGCCCUGUCAACAAUCCUCGAGCGUCUGCAACGCGUUGAGCAGCAAUGUGUGGCUCUCCCAGCGGACAGCCAGCAGGCUUCGCCACCUGAAGUCGCGCCGCAAUCUCCUAGCCACAGGUCGUUGACGGAGCAGCCUGCUGCGACGGUGCGCCGGCCCUCGGCCCUUCCAGCAAGUGCUGCGUUGCACAACCAGUCAGCCAGGAGCUCGCCUGCUCUGUCGACCACGCCCCAUGGCCCAACGUCCCGUUCCCCCUGGCGGCCACAGACAAGGCCAGCCUCAACUCCCGCGAUAAGCAGCAAUUCCGUGGAUGCAACUGCCAUCCUCAAAGAUGCCAUGGAACAGGUGGAGAGGUAUCGUCUGCAGACGUACUCAGGCUCCAUGAUAACCAGCGAGAUCGACAUCCCACCAGAUUUAGCCAGAACCUGGAUCCGGCUUAUAUACUACAGCGUCCUGUUCCACGGCUGCUCCAUAUUUGCGGGCACGGAGGCUGCUAACGCCAAUAAGCACUGGGCGAAACUGGCAUAUGUCGCUUGUCUGCGAGCCAUGCCCAUCUGGCAGCGCGAAUCAACUGGAUCACUGACUGACAUGAUUGCAUCGAUAACAUUGGGCCGCGUUUGUGCCGAAUGGUUCGACUACGAGCUUGCUUGGAACAUGUUCAAACAAGCUGGCGAGUACGCCACGAAGCUGGGUAUCCACAACCUGGAUAGCAAUGGCGCCGUGAUGAGGGGAAUUCAGAAUCCCGACAAUGCGGAUGAUGAUCGGAAAGCUUUCUGGGAUCUGGUGCAAGUCGACAUGUUCUUCCGACUCAUGUUCAACAAACCCCCUUCCAUCUCGGGUAGCCCAUGGAAAGUGAACCUGCCCUGGCUCAACGAAACGAUCCCGAACCAAGGCGCCGAGAGGGCUACGAUGUUUAUCGCCUCCUCGCGUGUCACCCUGCUACUCAUGCAGUUCUUUGCCAUGCUUGAGGAGGCCGCGGGGAAUCCAUUGUUGAUGAUGCGCAAGACGGAGGCCAUGUGUCUCGAAAUCAGGGACACAAUGGCCGUCGCCGAUAUUGCCCUCAACUUUUUCACGUGCAUCAUUUUCAUGCUCCGGAAAAUGGCCACGCUCGAUACUAGCUCUCCACAGCCGAUUUUGACCGACGCCGAUGUGCCCGACUCGCCAAUCGCGCUCGACGCUGCACGUAACAUUGUCGACAUUGUUGGUUGGCUCCUGUCCAAGUACCCAAACUCUUCUACUCUUGCUGUGACGUUUGGAGUGUACCGCGCCUACAUAUCAUUCGCGUACCUGGUCAGCCAUAUCCUGAGAACAGGGAAUCUAGGGCCAUAUGAGGCCGACAUGGAGUCUCUGAACAGAGUCAGCCAAUGUGUCUCUGACAUUGCCGCCAGCGAAAGGGAUUUUAUACCGCUAGCCACCGCUCUGCAAGGACUCAAUGAGGAGCUCAGGAAGAAGACUAGGGAUCGAUGA